AUGCUCUCUCAACUUUAUUGUCGUUGCUCCUCCUCGACGAUUCGUUCACGAACGAUCCCGGUGCGAUCGUUGGCUACUUACACUCAAUCUGUCUUGGUGCCAGGCGAUCGUGUCCAUGGCUAUCGAGUACAACAGGUGCGACAAGUGCCCGAGUUGGAAUUGACGGCCAUUGCUCUUGAACAUGAACGCACAGGCGCAAAGCACUUGCACAUUGACCGCGACGAUGCCAACAACGUAUUUGCUGUCGGGUUUCACACCCCUGUGAGCGACAAUACCGGCGUACCCCAUAUUCUUGAGCAUACAACGUUAUGUGGCAGCCAUCGAUAUCCUGUCCGAGAUCCUUUCUUCAAGAUGCUUAACCGCAGUUUGGCUACAUUUAUGAAUGCGUUUACAGCAAGUGACCAUACAAUUUAUCCAUUUGCGACCACCAACCCUGUGGAUUAUGCAAACCUACGAAAUGUCUAUAUGGAUGCUGUCUUUUCUCCCCGCUUGGAGAAAUUGGAUUUCAAACAAGAAGGCUGGCGUUUAGAACAUGAGGUGCCAUCAGAUCCAUCGACUCCCAUCAAUUUCAAAGGCGUUGUUUAUAAUGAAAUGAAGGGUCAAACGUCCGAUGCCAAUUAUCUGUACUACGUCCGUGCGCAUGAAGCUCUAUUCCCCGGUACAACUUAUGAAUACUCGAGUGGUGGUGAACCAAAGAAUAUCCCAGAUCUCACCCAUCAGCAAUUGGUCGAUUUCCACAAGACGCAUUAUAGUCCAAGCAAUGCUCGAAUCUAUACUUAUGGCAACUUCCCCUUGGAAGAUCAUUUAUCAGCCAUCAAUGAACGCCUUGCUGAAUUCAACAAAGUGGAUGUGCCCUAUGUCAACAAACAGGUGACACCAUGGACAAGCCCAAGAAUGCAUCAUGGUACAUGUGCUUUGGAUCCAUUGUCUCCUGCCGAUAGACAAAACCGCGUUUCGAUCGCUUUCCUCACCAACGAACACAAGGCCACGUUUGAGACAUUUGCCAUGCGUAUCCUAUCCUAUCUCUUGUUGGAUGGCCAUGCUUCUCCCAUGUACAAGGCUUUGAUUGAUACAAACUUGGGAUCCGAAUUCUCUGCAAACACCGGUUACGAUUCCUCUCUCCACACAACUUGUUGUUCCAUUGGCUUGCAAGGUGUCAAGGACACUGACGUAGAAUUGGUACAAGAGCGUAUCAUGUCGGUGCUUGAACAAGUGAAGAAGGAAGGAUUUGACAACAAGCGUAUCGAAGCUGCUAUUCAUCAAAUGGAAUUGGGUCAAAAGCAUAAAACGGCUGAUUUCGGUUUGACGUUGAUGCAUGGUAUUUCUUCUGGGUGGUUCAAUCAAGUGGAUCCUAUUGACAUGUUGGAAAUCAACAAGUAUGUGGAUCGGUUGAAAAAAGAGCUUGCUGAAGGCCAAUUCUUUGAAUCACGUAUCGACAAGUACUUUUUGAACAAUCAGCACAAGUUGACCUAUAUCAUGCGCCCAGAAGCCGAGUACGCUGCACGUCAAAGCCAAGAAGAACAAGAUCGACUCCAAGCUCGUGUGAGUCAAUUGACUGAGGCAGACAAGGAAGAGAUUUUGAAAGAGGGAAAAUUGUUGGCGGCCAACCAGGACAAGGUGGAGGAUUUAUCAUGCUUGCCAACAUUGCAAAUGGGUGAUAUCUCGCCAAAGAUGAAACGUACCGUGCUGGAUCAUACCGGUGUGGCCAACACACCUGUUCAAUGGCGUACGACGGCAACCAAUGGUAUCACGUACUUUAGAGCCAUCAGUAGCUUGCCCGCUUUAUCAGAUGAUCUCAAGCUCUAUCUUCCCUUGUUUUGUGACUCUUUGUUGUCACUUGGUACCCAUUCCCAAAGCAUGGCUGAUAUUGAUGAUGAAAUACGAUUGUAUACGGGCGGUCUACGUGCUUCCACCAUUGUAUCCACAAGCCAUUCUGAUAUCAGCCAUGUGGAAGAGGGUAUUGCAUUGACGGGUAACUGCUUGGAUCGCAACAUUGACAAGAUGUAUGAUAUCAUGGCGAAAUUGGUCCACGAAACCAACUUUGAUGAUGUUGAAAAGCUAAAGACGCUCAUCAUUGGUAACGCCUCGGCUUUGGUCAACUCGGUUGCUGAUGCAGGACACAUUUUUGCAAGAACGUAUGCUGCAUCUUCAUUGACGCCAGCCAUGCAUAAUGCUGAAUUACUGAGUGGUAUGACACAAGUGGCUUUUAUGAACCAAUUGGCCGUGACAGAGGACUUGUCGGAUGUUGUCAACAAGCUCAAGACCAUUGCAUCCAUGGUGCUUAAGCAACCUUCUUUGCGUGUGGCUGUGACAUGUGGUGAAGAUGUUAUCUCGAACAAUGAGCAAGCUUUGAAUCGCUUCAUUUCUGGAUUACCCCAACAAGACGAGGCAUCUCAAGAUAAUCCAACCAGCGUCUUUGUGCCAUCCUAUGACAAGACCUUUUUCCCACUUCCGUUUGCUGUCAACUUUUCUGGCAAAUCCAUGCGUGGUGUCCCUUACACACAUGCUGAUGGUGCCAAGCUCCAAAUCCUAUCUUCACUCAUGACCAAUCAUUAUCUACAUCGUGAGAUCCGUGAAAAGAAUGGUGCUUACGGCGGUGGUGCCACCUAUGCAGGUCUUGGUGGUUUAUUCUCAUUCUACUCGUAUCGUGAUCCACACACCCUUGAAACAUUGCAAACUUACAACAAGUCCGUCCAAUGGGCUCUUGACCGCAAGUUCACCGAUCAAGAGAUGACCGAGGCUAAAUUAUCCGUGUUCCAAGGCAUUGAUGCACCCGUGAGCGUGUCUGAAGAAGGCAUGUUGCAAUUUGUGAAUGGUGUAUCGGAUGAUAUGCGUCAAAGACGACGAGAGCAAUUGUUAGCUGUGACACAGGAUGAUAUUCGCGAUGUGGCCGAAAAGUAUCUUGCAUCCAGAGCUGGCAAAAGCUCCAUUGCUUUGCUUGGUGAAGCCAACGACAAGCUCAAGGACGAUCCUAGCUGGAUUAUCAAACAGUUUGGUCAAGAAUAG